AUGGCUCCCUUUAAAGGCAGCAUCUCCCAGCGUGAGGUCCAGUGGGUCAGACUCAACAGUUCCUGCACAUACAACAAGAUCUGUUAUUUCAGGCGAACCAAGUCUGUGGUCGGCCUAUCUCACCUCAUCAGCGUCAUUGGACAGUUCCUGAUCAUCUCUUCUAAGAACCGCUACGAUAAACUACAGGACCAAAAUGUACCGGGGUAUCCCGAUGCUCGGGUAGACGCCAGCAACCUACUUAGCAGCCUCACUUUUGGAAUGUAUGCCUGCACCUUUUUUAAAUCAUGGAAACUCGGUUCCGCUGCGGCGAGCCUGUUCCAACUGGCAGCAUGCGUAGUGAUUACUAUCAUCAUACACGGUGUAUCAGCAGAUGAACAAGAAACCCUCCGAAGCACCUGGGACUGGAUCUCUUUGGCGUACCGAAAAGAUGGCCGGACAGUAGCGGGGCUAGUGUUCUACUGGGUUGGGUGUGUGUUUUUAUUCUGA